CACCAUGACUCAAGUGGAUAAAAAUUAUUAUAAAUAAGUGACAUCUGCUUACAAACUUCCCAUUCCCAUUCCGAUUCCCUUAUUUGUAUUUUCCGUGGCAGGCAAGACUUAUGACGACGCAUGGCGAGACUGCUGCAACGAGCACGCUCGAUGCGCACAUGCAUCGGGCGUGCUCGUUGCAGGAAGGGAUAGCGGAGUUCUACGACCAGUCGUCUGGGCUUUGGGAAGACAUUUGGGGUGACCAUAUGCAUCAUGGUUUUUACGAUCCAGAUUCCAAUGUUUCAGGCUCCGAUCAUCCAGCUGCCCAGAUCCGAAUGAUCGAAGAAUCGCUCCGUUUCGCUGGAAUAACCGAUGAUCCAGCAAAGCAGCCCAAGACAAUAGUUGAUGUCGGAUGUGGGAUAGGAGGCAGCUCUAGAUAUUUAGCAAGGAAAUUUGGAGCAGAAUGUCGAGGCAUUACUUUGAGCCCUGUCCAAACUGGAAGGGCUAAUGUUCUUGCUAAAUAUGAAGGACUAGCAGACAAGGUUUCAUUUCAAGUUGCAGAUGCUCUGAAGCAACCAUUCCCUGAUGGUCAGUUUGAUCUAGUUUGGUCUAUGGAAAGUGGAGAACACAUGCCUGAUAAAGCUAAGUUUGUUAAUGAGUUGGCACGAGUUGCAGCUCCUGGAGGCACUAUAAUAAUAGUGACAUGGUGCCAUAGGGAUCUUGGUCCCUCAGAAGAGGAUUUGGAGCCAUGGGAGAAAAAGUUGCUAAAUAGGAUAUGUAAUGCUUACUAUUUACCUGAGUGGUGUUCUACUUCUGACUAUGUCAAACUACUUCAGUCCCUAUCUCUCCAGGAUAUAAAGGCUGCUGAUUGGUCUGAGCGUGUUGCCCCAUUUUGGCCGGCAGUGAUACGCUCAGCAUUUACCUGGAAGGGCUUCAUAUCACUGCUACGUAGUGGAUUAAAAGCCAUAAAAGGUGCAUUAGUGAUGCCAUUGAUGAUCCAAGGGUACCAGAAGGGUGUGAUCAAGUUCGCUAUCAUUACAUGCCGGAAACCCGAGUAAAUUGCCACGACAACCUAAUGUUUGACUCUGCUGCAUUAAUUUGAAACAUAAUUGAUCUUCAUAGUUGUAAUAGGGGUGUGUCAGUGUCACCCCCAAUUGCUUAUUUCAAGUAUAAAAAAAAGUUAAGUCUGGGUUUCCUCUCGUUUCUGGAACUUGUUGGUCUUAUUGUAGGCCAAUAAAAUCAAUCAGUCUAUAAAAUGCAUGGAGAACUAUUGUAACAUUGUAA